UCCCACGCAAGCUUCACCACCACAACUCAGACCUCAAUUCUUAGUCGCCAUUGUCUCUUCUUCUUCCUUCUCCAUUUCCUUUCCCUGUUUCUCAGCUUUUUUCGAUUACCCUUUUGGAGAUUUUGAUCUCAUGGCCCUCGCCCCUUCUAAAGUUUCUCCCUUUUCUGGGUUCUCUCUCUCAGAUUGUGUUGGGGGAGCCGGGAGAAACCCAACUUGUUCUGUUUCUUUGAGUUUUCUGAAUAAGAAAGUGGAAAGCAGAAACCUUGGGGUUUCUGCCUCAACUUCGCCUCUCACUGGGGUGAUCUUUGAACCCUUUGAGGAGGUUAAGAAGGAAGAGCUUGCUGUUCCCACUGCUCCACAGGUUUCGUUGGCUCGUCAGUAUUACGCUGAUGAGUGCGAAUCUGCAAUUAACGAGCAGAUAAAUGUGGAAUACAACGCUUCCUAUGUGUACCACUCCUUGUUUGCAUACUUUGACAGGGACAACGUAGCUCUCAAGGGAUUUGCCAAGUUCUUCAAGGAAUCUAGUGAAGAAGAAAGAGAGCAUGCUGAAAAGCUUAUGAAAUAUCAGAACACUCGUGGUGGAAGAGUUGUUCUUCACCCCAUCAUGAAUGUACCCUCAGAAUUUGAGCAUGUAGAAAAGGGGGAUGCAUUACAUGCAAUGGAAUUAGCUUUGUCUUUGGAGAAGUUGGUGAAUGAGAAACUUCGGAAUGUGCACAGUGUGGCAGAUCGCAACAAUGACCCUCAAUUGGCAGACUUCAUUGAAAGCGAGUUUCUGUCUGAACAGGUUGAAGCAAUUAAGAAUAUAUCAGAGUAUGUGGCUCAACUGAGGAGGGUUGGAAAGGGUCACGGUGUGUGGCACUUUGAUCAAAGUCUGCUUCAUGAUGGACAUGCUCCUUGAACCUGAUAGUCUUUAUAGUCUUUAUUAUUAGUUCUCGUUUACAUUUGCUCUUCCAUGGCCUUUCUGAGCUGUUUUCUAAUUUAGAAGUAGAAUUUAAACGUUUUUCCUGAGGUGUAAGAACUUGUAGUGUUGUAGUGUUGUGGCAGCAAGUGUAAGAACUUGUAGUGUUGUAGUUUUGUGGCAGCAAGUAUCAUAUGUAAAAGACUACAAGCAUAUUAUGCAAUAUCAUUUGAUAUCUCCUUUUCAAC